GGCAGGCGGCAGCUUUCGGGGCCGCUUCCCGAGAGGAGCGGACAGACUCGGCUCCCCCGCUCGCUCGCCUACCGGCCUCGCCGCGGUUCCGCUCGCUCCUUGACAGCGGCUGAGCACAGGCCAGCGGCCCGGGGCGGCGGCCCUGGGCGACGCGGCGCCGAGAAGGCGGGCGGGCGGGCAGUGGAGCGCCGCGGGUCUCUAUAUGGCGGCGGCUCUGUCGGGCCUGGCUGUUCGGCUGUCGCGCUCGGCCGCCGCCCGCUCCUAUGGGGUCUUCUGCAAGGGGCUGACCCGCACGCUGCUCAUUUUCUUCGACCUGGCUUGGCGGUUGCGUAUUAACUUCCCCUACCUCUACAUCGUGGCUUCCAUGAUGCUCAACGUGCGUCUGCAGGGGUUAGAAAUGGCGAUGAAGAUGAGAGAAAAUGAGGUCAAAGGUUUCAGAGGCCCGAAACAACUGUGGAAUAACAGCACGCCGAUAUCAGCACUCUGGAGGCUGAGUUUGCUGUUCAUAUUGAGAUCCACUGAAGACCACCCCUUGACUGACAGGUGUCACCCCAGGUCACCCCAUCCAAGGAUGCAAAGCAUAAGGGAUGGAAGAGGGAUCCUGGGCACCUGCCUGGCAAAUAUGAAUAGGUCACAACAAGGUGACCUGGACAAACUAUCACGUGGCCUUAAGAAAAGAACCCAGAAGGGGAGCCCUGGCCUAGCAGAUGUGCCUUCCUGGAAGGAUCAGCCUGAAGUGCGUGUAGAUGGAAAGUCACAGGACACAGCAGCAUCCUUGGAAAUGAAACGUGAUCUGAGCCAGGCUGACCUUGAGCUUCACAGUGGCCACAAAGAGCUUCCAUAUCCAAAGGAAUCAAUGGGAAGAGAUUUGGCUCUGGCAUCUGUGCUAAGCAAGGCCUGGGGUCUGUCUUCUGCUCCUGCAAAAGAAUGUCUGGCUGAGGUGUCUGGUGGCAUCGGGAAAGCUCUAGGGAGUGAUGGGCUGGGAAGAGGGCCCAGAGCCACAGACAACCACAGAGGACAGUGCCCCAAAGGAGAGCCUUGGGUGUUGGGAUGGCCAGGCCAGCCAGAACCAUGGGAAAUGGGAUUCUUGAAGGGCGAACCACCAAAUGCUUUCCCCAGUGAGCGAGGUGCUGAGUCCGAACUGUCUUGUCCCUGUUAUGAGCUGUUCCAGAUGCCAGAUGUCCAUCAUGAAGUUCUCCCCAAAGACGAGACAAGAUGUAUAUCUGUUGAGCAUUUAAAGCCCAUGUUUUCAGAGCAAACAAUAGGAUACAAGAAAACUGUUGCAAGCAUUGAAAGUACUUCUUAUGGUCUGCAGAUGAUCUGGGGUCACUGAUUCAACAGCCUUCCAGAUUGGCAAAUCUCCUACACCAUAGUUAAGGUACAAGCAGAACAAUAAACAGAUUAAUUUUAAAAGUUGACUUACACUGAUUUCUUUUGCAUUAAGUCUGGCGUACGCUGCAGCAUUCAAUCCCCACUCUGAUUUGUGUGGCUGGACAAACCUCACUGGUUGAUGCAGACGGAAAAUUUUCAGCAUAUUUUUAUUUAACUUGUGCUGGAAAGACUCAGAAUUGGAAAACCCGUUCAGGAGAUGGUUGGAGCUGAGCACUUAAUGAUUUAACACAGAGUUCUUCCUAUAUUCAGGACACCCGUUCUAAAGGGCUACCCUUCCCAGACGCCAUCCAUCCUCAGCUUCUCUCUGCUUGCCUGAUGGAGGUAAGCAUCUGUAGUCUACCUGCUCCACUUCUACUAAGCUUUGCUUGGUUCAUGGUGAGCUGUUACUGUGUCUGCAUUUUAUAAAAGAAUUUUGACCUGCGGCAAAAAUGUCCUUUCUCACACAUCCCUCUAUUUCCUCUUGAAACAAGAUUUGAGUGGAGGCACUUUGGUGAAGUUGCAAUAUUAAAUGUAGGAUGACCUCAAACUAGGAGUCCAGAAGUGUUACUGUUAAAGUUGCAAAGGAGCCAGAGACUCUCUUCUGAAACUUAGGAUAGAGAAACAAAUCAAGUACUUCCCUUAUCAAAGUUGCCAGGUCCCAGGACACCUUUGCAUUAGGUUUUUUCUGAAGUUACUCUCCUUUUGUGAUUUGUUGCUAACUUUAAUAAAGGUCAUUUAGGAGUGGGGGGUGAUAACUGCAUAUAUUGUUUAUACUAUGUGCUAAUUACUAUGCCCUGGGCUAUUUUAGUGUUUUGGGAAAAUGAAAAAUCUGUUCUUUAGCAUAAUAAAUGUCUUCUUUUA